AUGAGCACGGAAGUUCCGCGUGGCCAGUUUCUUUCGAAUCCCUUUGAAAUAGACAAUAUACAAGUUAUAAGAGAAACCAAAGACCAUUUUCCUAAACCGUCGUUGAUCUCAUUUGACGUAUUUGGCACCCUUUAUGAACCUAGCCCUGCUAUUUCACAUCAGUAUCACAAAAUCGCUUCUGAAGAGUUUGGAAUCAUCAAGCCUGUAGCAGAAAUCGAAAAAGAGUUUCCUGUUUUGUUCAAAGAAUUGGAGGAGUUGUAUCCCAACUACGGUAGAUUCAAUGAUGAAAUCCAGGGUUCAGACCAUUGGUGGCUGGAACUUAUUGUGAGACUAUACAAUAUUGAAAGCUACAAGACCAACAAGCAUUCAGCGGCAUUAUGUAACCGUCUCUUGAACCACUUUACUGGACCUCUGGCUUACAAGUUGUAUGACGAUGUAAUUCCUACACUCACCAAGUUGAAGAAUAACGGUAUCAAUAUGGUAAUCUCAACUAAUUCUGAUGGAAGAGUACGGGAUAUUAUCCAUAAUCUAGGUCUAGCACAAUUCUUCCCCAACGACAACUUUUACCUUUCCUACGAUAUUGGAGCUGUUAAGCCUUCCAGACAGUUCUUUGACAGUGUGUCUCUGCAAUUCUACAUGAACAAUUAUCAUAAAAGGCUUCUUCGCAAAAAUCAGGGUGCUUUCUUAGAGAAUUGCUGGCAUGUGGGCGACAGCCAUCUGAAGGAUUUCCUUGGUGCCAUAAGAUCAGGCUGGAAUGGUGUGCUUGUAGAUCGAGAUCAGACUAGCGAAUUUUUUAGUACCAGAACGAAGAAACCAGAGAAGGAAGAGUAUGCUGGUUGUGGGCUUUCGGGGAUGCCUGGCAAAAACAAGCCGACUGAUAUGUUGAUGCUAGCAAAUAACAGAGUGGUACUUACACGUUUGGAACAGUUGUUGGAGAUGUUCAACAUUGAGUAG